CGACGCCGUGCAUUGGUGUGCAUGGCAGGUUAAUAAUGCUCUUCCUGUAGCUCCGGACGCCAUAUAAGAUGCUCCGGUCGGUUGAGGCAAAACGUUUCUUUUACGCGUCGGCAAACCGACUCGCCUACCCCUCGUUUCCAUUUCUGCGCCGACCUUCCGUUCUUCCGACGUUUCCCAGCGGCGCCUGAAGGCAGCGGCAGCCCGCUCCUCUCCUCCGCCUGUCCAUCCAUCCGCUCACCGGUCUACUCUCGUGUGCGCGCGCGCGCGCGUGCGUGAGUGAGUGUGUGUGCGGACUUGAAGCGUCAUUUUCCUCCUUUUUCUUCCUCGCGCAUCACUCCCGAACACCCAGAAGUUUCCUGAACGUCGGCUCGGCUCGGCUCGGUGAUUCAGUCGGGGGUGAUCUGGCUAACACUGGGCGUAGCUGCAGAGGAUUUUCGCUAGCUCGCCGCUCCGCCGACCGACCAGACCUUGUUAUCUCCAGAAAGUCUGUAGACCAGUGGCCAUCCUGUGAGCUUCAAGUCAAACAGCCCUGCCCCGCAGAGACGGAUCACUACCACUCUCGAGGAGAUGAAGCCGGAUGGGGAUGCCACGGAGGCACUGGAGCCAAUGGAAGCAUUGGUUUCCACAGGAAACGAGGCAGCACCAGUCAUUGGACAGGAGCUCAACCAGGCAGCUGGUCUGGUGGAAGGGGAGAUACCACAGCAGCCUGUAGGUGAGACAGGCCAGCCAGAAGCCCAACCAGAACAUGCCAAGGAAACCCCAGCUGCCAAAACCAGCAACAAGACCUCAGGAGACUCCAAAGCCAAGACUACAAACAAGGCCACAACUAAGACAAAACCUACCACCACCAGCCAAACCAAGACCACACCUGGCUCACGGCCCAACACAUCCCAGAGCCGCCUCUCAAAUGGCGUUGCGAAGCCUCAGACCAAUGGGGUGGCUAAAAAAUCCACAUCUGUUCCAGACAAAAAGAGCACCCUGACCUCGGCGCCCUCCAAAAAACCAACAGGCACGGCCGUGGCACCAGCCUCCAAGAGCAAAGUUGGUGAGAAGAAAGCCACCGGAGCUGCCCCCACCACCAAUGGUGCAAAGUCGACGAGUGGACCAACAGCAGCCAAGAAGGCGCCACCCUCAACUGUUAACAGUGUCAAGACCAGCACCACUGCAGCUGCUGCGAAAAAGGCCCCAGGUCCCAAAUCUGCAACUCUCACCAAGCCCAGCUCUGCUGCCUCACCUAAGCCUGAUAAAACCCCUGUUUCCAAGACAACCAGGCCGACAACAGUCUCAUCACCUGGUCCGACCACAGGCUCAACCCGGCAACCCAAGAGCUCCCCAGCUACAUUCAAACCUUCCACCCCUAAGACCCCCUCAACCACUGCUAAGCCUGCUGCCUCCAAACCAACCUCCUCUACCCCCUCUGGUGGCAGACCUUCAACAUCACAAACAUCCAGAAACUCAACCCCUGUGAAAAAAGAUGUUACCAAAUCAGCAACCCCAGCAGCUAAAAAGCCGACAGAUUCUCCACUUACCCGCCCUUCAUCUAUUACAAAGUCAGCAAAAUUGGAGACCCCAAAAUUGGCCGCAAAAUCAGACGUCACCACGAAAAAGCCAACUACUACCAAGGCUUCAGACACAAAGACACCCAACCGCCCCAAAACACAGGAGAGCAAGCCCACACCUUCCAAGACGCCUGGCUCCAAACCGGCUGCAGCCAAGACCGCCAACCCCAAGAAAGCUGUGGGCAGCAGCACCCCAACCCCUGUGAAACGUGGCCCCAAAGCAGCUACAGUUGCUGAACCGGCAAAGGAAGUUGCAGCUGCCGCAGCUGCUGCGGCAGCUAUUGCUACUGCAGCGGCUGUCAUUGCCGGGUCAGAGGAAUCAGAACCUCCCGCUGAAGUAGCUGUGGAGCAACCUGCUACAACUCUUGAAGCAGUUUAUGAAAAGUCUUCAGAGCCCACAGCAGAACCAGUCUCUGCACCAAUGUCAGAGUUGGUGCUAACACCAACACCAGAACCCAUACGUGAACCAACACCAGAACCUGUACGUGAACUGACACCAGAGCCUGUGUGUGAGUCAACACCAGAACCCAUACGUGAACUGACGCCGGAGCCCAUACGAGAACCAACACCAGAACCAAUACGUGAACUGACGCCAGAGCCUGUACGUGAACCAUCGCCUGAACCCAUACGAGAACCAACACCAGAACCCAUACGUGAACUGACGCCAGAGCCUGUACGUGAACCAUCGACUGAACCCAUACGAGAACCAACACCAGAACCCAUAUGUGAACUGACGCCAGAGCCUGUACGUGAACCAUCGCCUGAACCCAUACGAGAACCAACACCAGAACCCAUAUGUGAACUGACGCCAGAGCCUGUACGUGAACCAUCGCCUGAACCCAUGCGAGAACCAACACCAGAACCCCUACGUGAACUGACGCCAGAGCCUGUACGUGAACCAUCGCCUGAACCCAUGCGAGAACCAACACCAGAACCCCUACGUGAACUGACGCCAGAGCCUGUACGUGAACCAUCGCCUGAACCAAUACGAGAACCAACACCAGAACCCGAAAGUGAACUGACGCCAGAGCCUGUACGUGAACCAUCGCCUGAACCCAUACGAGAGCUCACGCCGGAUCCUGUGCGUGAACCAAGUCCAGACCAAGUACGAGAAACAUCUCCAGAACCCCCUGUAGAACCACUGUACCAGCUGUCAGCAGAGGCAGAACUGGGAGCUGAACUAGUCCAUGAACCAACCUCCAAUGUUCCACUGUCAGCCCAGCUGGACCUUUUCAAAUAUGAAGAGUCCGCCAGUGAUUCGGUUCCUUCCUUGGGAACGACGGUCAUGUCCCCUCCUUGUUCCCCACUGGGCCCGAUUUCUCCUGUCAGAGAGCCAGAGAAUGCUUCCUCUCUGAUGGGCAUGCACGUUCCGUCUGAUCCCUGGGACAGGAACCAGCACCUGACCUCGUCUGACAUUGCUUCCCAGAAUAUGAUGAUGAACUUCCAGACAGAGGAGGAAAAGGAGAAUAAAGAACACUAUGCACAGGAGACAAGGGAGGAGGAAGAGGAAGAGGAGGAGGAGGAGGAGGGAGACGACGAAGAGAAGAACCUGUUCAUGCCUACCUCCACAGCUCCAUCUGCAGCAGCCUUUGAUAUGAUGGCUCAAACACACUUGUUUGGUGCCUCACCCCUGGACCAUUUCACCAGCGGAGACCUGACCUCCCCUCAUCAAAAGGAGGAGGCAGUGGAGAAGGCUGAAGAAGAGAUCAAUGAAGAUGAUGAGGAGGAGGAGGAGGAGGAGGAGGAUGAAGACGAGGAACAGAGAAGACUAGGCCAUCAGCCCUCAUCCAUGAUGACUGACAUGAGCACGUCCCAGCCCUCUGAGGAGUUCCAGGUCCGGUCCUCGGCAUUUGGCGGUUCAGCAGGCUGGCACGGUGACGACCUGCUGUCUGGGAUGGACUCUGAGGACGUGAGCAGCUGUACCAGCAGUCGACAGCACGGGGUCUCUGACCUUAGCAGCACCCUGCACACCGCAAUACUGGAGGGCACCCAGAGCUCAGACGCCCUGGUUGACUCGAGCCUACGCGGCUCCGAGGGAGAUGGUAAUCUCACGGGUUCACCCAAUGUGGAAACCCUGGCAAAUGAGGAAGAGGAGGACGACGACGAGGAGGAUGAGCGGGUGGAUGAUAUGGACCUAAGUUCGGAGAGAAUGGAGGAGCAUCGCAAGGUGUUCCAGCAGCAGGAGCAGGAUGAGGAGGAUGAUGAGGAUGUAGAUAUGCACAGUGAAGGCGUGACCGAGAGCUGUGAGAAUGUAGAUGAAGAUGACUUCAAUGAGGAGGAGCAUUUAGAUAACCUCAAUCGCUCCGUUCCUCCGCCUUGCAUGCCCCCAGCCUCCUCCUGGGGCCAGACCAACCCUUUCUCCGAUACCUGGGGUCAACCCACCUCGCUGCUCUCUGUCUCCUCCCCCAGCCCGCUGUCUGACCAUGGUGCAGCUGAAUCAGAAACACCGACUCAGUCCCCUGCCCAGGCAUGUUUGGGCAGCAGUGUCUCUUCCUUUGCUCUUCAGGCAGAGCAAGAGCCCCAACAGCGUCAGUCAGACCAUGAGGAGAUGGAGGGCUCAGCCACCGAGGAGGAUCACAUCGAACAUGCUGCCUCAGUUGUAGGCAUGUCUCAGUCCGGCACAGGUCUGGCUGCCCACAGCAGUAGCGAGACGAGCACACCUGAGGAACUACGUGACUAUGACAGCAGUUCCGGGGUGGAGUCCCGUUCGGACAAGCAGCAGACCCCAGUGCCUGCUUCAGUCCAGCCUGACAUGGAGCAGGACCUGGGUAUCCACCUGGAGAAAGGCGAUGGAGAAGAGGAGGAGGCUGAGACACUCCCUGCAGACGAGGUCCUGGGAACAGGACCCCCAACUGCACCAGCAUCCGCCCCGUCCUCCCCCUCCACCUCAGGAGACGAGGCUAGUGAUACAGAGGGUGAGAUGCAAAUAAACGACCCAGAUGCGCCAAUGAUGAUGGAUGAGAGUGCUGGAUUUGAAAGUCCUACUCCCACCUGUAAUCUGCCCGCUCUCGAGGAAGAUGAGGAGGCAGCAGACACGCAUGUCGGAGACGGCGAAGAGGACGGAGGCGGCGCCACCCCUCAGUCAGCCAACUCCGUGGCUUCGUACGGCUUCGACUGCACCACAUCCAACUCCAACGCCCACUCGAUGGCCGAGAGCUGUGGAAAGAGCCCGGGGAUCUUCUCCCUAGAGAACGAGGAGCAGCUGCCUGAGGAGGCCAAGGACCCCUCGCUCAUCAAGGAGCUGACCCUGCCAUCGGCCGCUGCCACCGCCCAGGCAGAGGAGCUGCUGGGUCGACCCGUGGACCUGAUGCCGCUGGGCCUCCCGGGAGGCAUCCAGCACAGCCUGGACGAGCACCACUACAUGCUGGGCGGAAAGGUUGCAGACCACCUUGGGGACGUCGACCCGUUGGAGUCCAGGCUCCACCUUGGGGAAGAUGAGUCUGAAGAAACCGAUGACAGCCAGCCACAAUACUACUCAACCAUUUGUGAUAAGACUGAUAGUUUUCUGGCAGGUAAUGUAUAAGUCCCUCCUAUUACCCCCAGAAUGCACCUUUUCCCCACAACCCUCCCCCUUUACCUGUUGUUUGUUUUCUCUCCAGUUGAGUUAGAUGGCUUAGAAGAAAAAAAAAAAAAAAAAAGAGGAGAGCAAGAUUGUAGGAAAAGAAAAAAAAAAUGAACAAAGGAGACAAGAAAAAAAUGACUGUAGCAAUUUUUAAUUCAAGCCUCCCUCUUUCAUACUGUUAUGAUCUUGGUUAUGAGUGUAUGGCUUAAACUCCUUAAUGUACAAUAGCUACUACCAUUUUCUAGUAGAAUGUUCUUUCUAAGUAACACUGCAUAUUCUGUAGCCCCUGAUGGGGUAUUGACUGAAUGGUCCAAUAUGACUGAGCUUUUAAACUGAAAAAGAAAAAAAAACAAAUGGAAAGAAAUGGACUCAUUGUGUAUUUAUCCUACUGUUUUUACCGAACAAAUGUCAAUGAUUUUUAUUUUCGUUUUGUAUUUGCUUAUUUGUUGAUUUUUUUGUUUGUUUUGUUCUGUUGAAACCUGUGGCCUGUACUACGAAGCAGGAUAUUUGCGGUUGUCGAGGUAACAUCAGGUUUAACUCUGGGUUUUCCGUCCUACGAAGCUGGUUCUCUUCUCACUGGUGUAAAUCACCAUGGUAACUUAUGCUGACUGGCUAAGCAGAGAUCAAAACACGUCACCAGUCCAACUGUCACUGGGAAACCAGAGUCCUCAUUCUACAGGAUCCUGACUGGGACAAAAGAGUUUAGAGUAACGUGACAAAUAAUAAAGCGCAGCAGUUAUUGAGCUCAACAGUGAACCGCCCACUUUUAGAACGGCUCUGGUUCCUGAAGUGAAUUUCUGAUUCACUCCAUUGACAUUUUAUAAAUUCCUUAUAUGAAGAGUUUUAAGCCUGGAACCAAGCCAAUAAACUUUUAGAUGAAUCGUUACAAUAAAACAUUUUAUUCAGAGCAGAAAAAAAAAUUGGACAACGUAAAAAAGGCAAAAGUAUAAAUAAGACAGUGUACAUAAUUAUUUUAAGAGUGAAGGAACUACAUAUCUAUAAACCCCUGCGAAUGCCUUUCCAAUGACUUCCAACCAAUCAGAGACAUGGAUGUUACACUUUAGGAUUGUGGGUAGUGUAGUACUUCUCAAUGAUAUUGUGAAUAAAAAAAUUAUUUUCUUAAAAUAAGGUUGAUAUCAUACGGACUUGUGCCUUCAACAGGUGCAUAUACCGUUGUUUCACAGCCUCAUAACUCAUAAGUCGACCGUGGAUGGUUACGAUAUUAUGGCUAAUAAUUAAAAUGUUGAUAUGAUAUUUUCACUUCCGUGGGCUGUUGAGCUCUUGCUGUUCCAGAUUUUCAUGUGUCCAUUCUGGUUUUAAAAGAGUUUCUAAUAAACAGAGGGAGAGUUUAUCGCACUGAAUAAAUACAUAUCAUUAAUAUUAGAGCUUCAUUUGAAUUCAAUGAAGAUAAUUUGACUCCUGACAGCUAGCUGACAGCGUUUGACUCUCUUAUGCCGCCAUUGCAGCUCGGAACGACAUGAGACUGUGACCAUAAAUAGGAAUAAAAAUGAAUUUGUUUUUAUUAGAACAAUUAUCCACACACUGAUCAAUAUUUCUGAUGAUCAUGAAUGAACAGUUCAGUGUGACUGAUGACAUCACACAUUAACUUCUCUCCUCUGCUUCAGCAGCAGAAACAGUCUGACAUCACUUCAGCUUCACUUCAUCAUAGUUUGAUCAUCUAAAGACAAAAGUGCUAGAAUAUUCUCUCAAUAAUAAAUGUUCCUAUUUGUAUAUUUUAGGCUGAAUUAAAAGAAAUUCUGCUUUAGCUGUGUGAUCAUAUUAUUUCCAUUUCACUUAGUAGAAUGUCACUUUUACAUGUCGCUCAAACCAAAUUGACCUUUUUUCGUAUCAUGUUAAAAAGUAUUAAUUAUUCCGACGAUGUCGCUUGUAAUUAACGCCUCCGCCUCUUCCCACGCGAACGCGCUCGUAAACCGGACGUGAAAACCCAGGGUUGACUGAGACGGUUGGCGUGCAGGAUGGUCAAAGUUCAGUUUAGUCAAACCAGAUGACGAGAACAUAUCCUGGGUCCGCUUCGUAGUACAGGCCGCUGGUCCUCCCUACCCUGUGUACACACGCGUCAUGUUCAACAGCAACCAUAGCGAUAGUCACAAGCUCCUUUUUUCCCCUAAAGGUUGUGUUCUUGCUUCAAGACUUUUAGCUAUCCAAAUAAAGGCUAGAUAUUAACGCGGCUGCUUGGCCCGUACAGAUUUGUUGAGGUAGGUAUGGGAAGUAUUAGAUUGCAGUCGCUGGCGUAUUUUAAUGUGUGCAUCGAGAGGCUCUGAGCUCUUUGCAUAUAGGUCGUUAGGGUGUGUAGCGUGCAGUCACGUACAGUAUGUGUUUCAGGCUUUUGGUUUUUAUGUGGCGACGCUUGGGAGCCUCAGAUAGCCUCAGUUCGUGUUCCAGGAGAGACUAACAACUAGCCCACUAUGUGUGACGAGACCCCGCAUUGUCCUACACAGCUUUACACUCGCUGAAACGUUUCCAAUGGGCGUUUGGUUUACUAUUUCAACAGUAUAUUGCAUGUUUAACUAACAAAGAGAUGUGUACUACUUUGAAUUUGAAACAAUUCUACACUAGACAUGUUCAUAAAUGAAUGGUUCACACUAGGUUAUCUUUCAAAAUUCCAUUAAAACAUCAUUGCAAGGCA